UUGUGUAGAGGCGGUGUGCAGUUUAUACCCUUCGCUACAAUGCCAGAAUUAGCAGUGGAAAACGUGGUUGUUCACCCACUUGUAUUACUCAGUGUGGUCGAUCAUUUUAACAGGAUAGGAAAAGUUGGAAAUCAGAAACGUGUGGUUGGUGUCCUUUUGGGAUCAUGGCACAAAAAAGUUCUUGAUGUUUCCAACAGUUUCGCAGUUCCAUUUGAUGAGGACGACAGGGAUGACUCAGUGUGGUUCCUGGAUCACGACUACUUGGAGAAUAUGUAUGGCAUGUUUAAGAAAGUAAAUGCCAGAGAAAGAAUAGUGGGAUGGUAUCACACAGGACCCAAAUUGCAUAAGAAUGACAUUGCCAUCAACGAGCUCAUCAAGCGGUACUGUACCAACUCGGUGUUGGUCAUUAUAGAUGUGAAGCCUAAAGACCUCGGCCUGCCUACAGAAGCGUACAUCUCAGUGGAGGAAAUACACGAUGAUGGCACUCCAACUUCCAGGACGUUCGAACACGUCACCAGUGAGAUUGGAGCUGAAGAAGCAGAAGAAGUGGGGGUGGAGCACCUGCUGAGAGACAUCAAAGAUACCACGGUGGGCACUCUGUCACAACGCAUCACAAACCAGGUCCAUGGCCUAAAGGGACUCAACUCUAAGCUGUUGGAUAUCCGCUCAUACUUGGAAAGGGUGGUUGCAGGGAAGCUUCCCAUCAACCACCAGAUCAUCUACCAGCUGCAGGACGUCUUCAACCUACUGCCUGACGUAAACCUGCUGGAGUUCACAAAAGCCUUUUACCUGAAGACCAACGACCAGAUGUUGGUGGUCUACCUGGCGUCGCUGAUACGCUCCGUGGUUGCUCUGCACAACUUGAUCAACAACAAGAUUUCCAACCGAGAUGCAGAAAAGAAGGAGGGACAGGAGAAGGAGGAAGGCAAGAAAGAGAAGAAAGAGGACAAAGAGAAAAAAGAAGAGAAAGACAAAGACAAGGAGAAGGCAGAUGGUGCCAAAAAAGAUGAGAAGAAGAAAAAAUGA